AUGGAUUCUCCGCAAGCAAAGCUGGCAGCCAGCCUGUUUCCCUCCCUGCUCAAUACCGUCGCCUCUCCGUCCAAUGCAGCUUCUUCGAUCCACCAAAUAUUUGCCGUACCGUCAAACUCCACGCUUCACACCCCCGAUGGGAACACGGAAGAUGAUAUGCACCAGUGGUCAUCCCUAAUCGGCAUCAUCACAGCCUUGUGCGGCAACGUCCUCAUCUCCUUGGCUUUGAAUAUUCAACGUUACGCCCACAUUCGGAUCGCACGGGAGUUCGAGCAGGACAAGAGCCGGGUCGCGGAGAAUGGAAAUAACGGUACGCGUGGGGAGCAGAGAGGACGAUCCCCGGGGCAGUACCGUGACUCCGAGGACGAGUUGGAGCCUUAUCGCGAUGAUGAUAACGCCGAAGGGCGAAACAGUAACUCGAGCUCGCGGGGCAGCGAUUAUAGCUUCGAGAGCAAGGAUGGGACCGACGGGCGCAAGUCUUAUCUCAAAUCGCCGUACUGGUGGGUUGGCAUUGUGCUCAUGGUUGUGGGUGAAAUGGGCAAUUUCAUGGCCUAUGGCUUUGCUCCCGCCUCGAUCGUCUCGCCAUUGGGAGUUGUGGCUCUGAUCUCGAAUUGUAUCAUUGCGCCAUGCUUGCUCAAGGAACAGUUCCGUAAGCGCGACCUUUGGGGCGUGCUUGUCUCUGUCGCCGGUGCUGUCGUCGUGGUUCUCAGCGCCAAGUCGUCGGAAGAGCAAAUCGGACCUCAUGAGAUUUGGGUCAUGAUCACGCGUUGGGAGUUUGAGCUUUAUCUUGGCUUGACAGUCUCACUAAUUUGCGGUCUCAUGUGGGCGAGUCACAGAUAUGGCUCGCAAUCAAUUUUGAUUGACGUUGGACUUGUUGCCUUGUUUGGUGGAUACACGGCGCUUUCUACGAAGGGUGUCUCGUCUCUCCUGUCUGGUACACUAUGGCACGUUAUCACGUUCCCGGUGACAUAUCUUCUUGUUUUCGUCCUAAUAUUCAGCGCUUUGAUGCAAAUCCGUUACAUCAACCGUGCCCUGCAACGGUUCGAUUCAACCCAGGUUAUCCCCACACAGUUUGUGCUUUUCACACUUGCUGUGAUUAUUGGAAGCGCGGUGCUUUACCGUGACUUCGAGUCAAUAACCGCUGAACGUGCCACGAAGUUCAUCGGUGGCUGUCUUUUGACCUUCCUUGGUGUCUACUUCAUCACAAGCGGCAGAGUCCGUGGCGACGAUGAAUCUUCCUUCUCAGAUGACGAAGAAGGAUCAAUUGGUCUUUCAAAUGGAGAAAGAUACCGCGAUGGGAUUGAUCUAUCUCCACCCGGCCAUCAUAUACCCAAAGCUUCACAUGUCUCCCCACAAGGUCAUUUCGACACAGCUCGAUCUCCGCCAGGGUCUCUAUUGAGCCGAGGCAUUGAAGGGGUCGAUGAUGAUCAAUCUACUCCUAAAGGUGCUCUUUCCGCAGCCCCAUCUUCGCCUCGUGGAUCCUUGACCGCAGAGUCUCCUACGUCUGGACCGUCAUUCGACUUCACUUCGCCCCUACGACCUCCAUCGCGAAUGUCGAAUCCGUGGGCAGACAUUCGCCCGCAGGAUGUUCGAACUCAAUCCGAUGACCAGAUUUUCCGCCCUUCAACCCCAACAGAACAAAGCGACACCACCCAAUCCACUGUUCUCUUGCGAUUCCCACCUCCACCUGGCAUUGAACAAACGCCAGGAUCCAACACCGAUGCCGGGUUUGUACGACGCGCUUCUACUCCAACCUUGUUGACUCAAGCCAACCCACGGGGACAGACCGAUACUGUCCUUGAAACACCUACACGGCGAGCCUUACGAAACUCCAUAUCGCAUCGCUUCUCCCCCGGGCCUCUCCUUCCUACCCUGUCUGGUGGCUUCACUGCUGUUGUUGCCGACUCGAUCCGACGCGGUGACGGUAGCCCACUCAAAGACCGCACGAGGCGCAGAUUAGGGCGCCGACGUCAGGUUGACGGUGUCUUUGUCGACCAACCCACCACUGCCGAUGGCAAUGACCCCGAAACAUCGCUCUCACUUGCUACUGCUCGUCUUCAGUCUGCUACCGACCUAGCUGAUGCUCCGGCUGAAGGAGGUCGCUCCACACCCGGCCUCGCCACUGAAACCUACGCCUCGCCAACUGCCAAGUCAAACGAGGAUGGGACCAGACUACGUAGCUUCAGUGACUCUUGGAGUGGUGGCCUUGCAUGGCUUGGUGGUGCCCUCCGCAAACCCCAAGACCAGACCGCCGAGAGUGCUGCAGUCACAGCAACGCCAACGCCAGAAAGUGAGACACCACCUGGUCCAAGCGACUCUACGACCGGCCCUGACACCACAACUGAAGCUCAGCGGUAA